UCUCUGUGCCUGUGCUCUGACUGGCACUUUUCCCCAGAUCCUUGCCCAGGCCAAUCCUUCCAUGCUGUCUUCAAGCCCUGCUUCCUGCACAUCUCCCAACUCGGACAGGGAGAAUCCAAGUAAGAAGAUUCAGUGGGCUUCUGGGAGGAGGAGGACAUCAUCCACAGACUCCGAGUCCAAGUCCCACCCUGACCUCUCCAAGGUGCCCAGGUCCCGCAGACCCAGCCGACUGACGGUGAAGUACGACAUGGGGCAGCUCCAGCGCUGGAUGGAGAUGGAGCAGUGGGUGAAUGCUCAGCUUCAGGAGCUCUUCCAGAGUCUCGGUUUGUUGCCCUUUGUAGAGUGCUGUGGCGUCAUAGCUCACAGCAACCUCCAACUCUUGGCUCCUGGGCUUAGGCGAUUCUCUUGCCUCAGCCUCCUGAGUAGCUGGGACUACAAGAUCAACCAGACCUUUCUGAGCCUGAGAUUGACCUGGAAGCUCUCAUGGAACUAUCCACAGACGAGCAGAAGAUACAGUUGGAGGCCAUUCUUCAAAACUGCUCUCAAUCCACAGAGCCUUUUAUCUCUGAGCUGCUCAGUCAACUCAAGAAACUCCGCAGACUCAGUCGGCCUCAGAAAUAAGCCUGAGAUACUAUCUUCAGCAGCCUCCACACCGCCAGGCCUACCUUGA